AUGGACCUGGAUCCUGCUGGUGCUGCUGCAGGGACUUUGGAGCUCAGGUACACUUUGCUUCCUAAUGGCGUGCUGCAGAUCACCAGCGCGCAUCGAUAUGACAGCGGUUUGUUUCGAUGCAUUGCUUCCAACAUUGCUAACAUUCGCUACAGUCACGAGGCCCAGUUGUCUGUCACAGUUGCAGGAUCUAGAACAUACAAGGAGCCCAUCAUUCUGUCUGGACCGCAGAACCUUACCAUUAAUAUCCACCAAACAGCCAUUUUGGAGUGCAUCGCCACAGGAAACCCUCGGCCCAUUGUGUCCUGGAGUCGCCUCGACGGACGCUCCAUCGGGGUAGAGGGGAUCCAGGUUCUGGGAACAGGGAACCUGAUGAUUUCCGAUGCCACGUUGCAGCACUCAGGAGUUUAUGUAUGUUCAGCCAACAGACCUGGCAGCAGGUCCAGAAGAACCGCAUUUGGACGCCUUGUGGUUCAAGCCCCUCCAGAGUUUGUGCAAUGGCCUCAGUCCCUCUCCAGACCAGCAGGGGGCAGCGCAGUGUUUAGCUGCAUGGCCACUGGUGUCCCAGAGCCACACCUCAUCUGGCUGAAGAACGGAAAAUUGCUGACUCCAAGCGAUAAUGGCAAACUCACCAGUGGAAACAUGACACUCGCCAUCACCCACAUCACUCCUGAGGAUGAGGCCAUUUACCAGUGCAUUGCUGAGAACAGCGCCGGCACCAACCAGGCCAGCGCCCGCCUCACCAUCAGCCAGGGACCCAAGCUGCCUGAGGCCCCCACCGGGCUCCGGGCCACAACUCUCAGCACCAGCGGUCUGCAUCUGACCUGGGACCAGCCAGAUAUACACGCCAGCCAGCAGAUAAUUGGAUAUGUGCUGCACAUCAGGAGACUGGGAGAACCAGAUGGUGCUGAACUGCAGGAGGCCGUGGAUAAAACUACCUUCAGCCACGAUUUCAACAAUCUGGAAUCUGCCACCACAUACUCCAUCUAUCUGAAGGCCUAUUCUGCCCAUGGAGGCAGCCAGCAGUCCAACACUAUCACCGCCACUACGCUGGGAGGAGUUCCCAGUCCACCCAGUUUCUUCACCAAGGUGCUGAACCAGACUGCCAUGCAGGUGUACUGGGAGUUGCCAGAUAAACCAGGGAAGGUUAAGGGCUUUAGACUAGAGUACCGUGAGAUCUCCAAUCCAGAUCUCCAUGGGCAGGAGAUCUUCCCAGGGCACAUCAACACCCACACCAUAUCUCACCUGGAGCUGGCAGCAGUUUAUGAAAUCCAGCUGGUGGCAUUCAAUGGUAAUGGAAAUAGUACACCCACCCGCCACUUAGUGUCUCUGUCAGAAGGCAGAGCCUCUACUGCAGCUGGUCAGAGUUGUAACUGUGAUCAGGCUGAUGGGUCCAUGUCCACUCUGCUCCUUGGUGUUCACAGCAGCCUCGCCUGCAUCCUCUGCUGCCUGCUGCUGGUCUUGUUGGGCUACAGACACAGUUUCUUCUGCAGGAAGAAGCCAAGCUGGGAGACUCCGCCCACCCUCAUUGGUGUCAGAGGUCCUAAAGGUCACACACCUGAAAGCAUUGAGCUGAGCCAGUUUCCUGGAUUGACAAGUCCUCUGAGAACUUCAGUCUGUUUAAAGACCCAUCAGGUCAUAGGCCACAACAAGGCCCAAAUCAAGAUUAAAUCCUGA